UACUCUCCGAGGAUAAACACGCGCCGAUAACGCGUUUCUUUCCCCCCCCCUCCAACGGGUGUCCAUCAUCCCUGAUCACAUCUCCCCCCCCCGUUUCUCUUUUCAAGACGAGGGAGACGUCAUCCAAUAAUUGUUGGGUAGCGUCGUCGUUGUUGAUCUGAAUCUCUUUCUCUCUCCACCUCCGAUAUUGACCCUCUCGUCAUGGAGCAAGAGCUCCUCCCGCUGCUCGCGGACACCCAGUCCCCCGCUGCGGACGCCAGAAAGGCCGCGGAGCUGCGACUGCUGCGUCUCUACACGAACGAAACCUUUCCUCUGUCUCUCGCGGCCAUCGCCUCGCACAAUUCCGUUCCGGCCAACCUGCGACAGUCUGCCCUGUCCGUGUUGCGCACCUUCAUCCAGGCCGCUUGGUCGCCGCAUCUCGACGAAUUCAAGGGCCAGGUGCUGGUCAGCGAUGCCAACAAGGUGCACAUUCGACAGGUCCUCCUGGAGCUGGCCACUACGGCGGAUGUACCGGAGCGCAGGGUCAAAUCCGCUGCCAGUUAUGCUGUCAGUAAGGUCGCCAGUGCCGAUUUCCCUGAACAGUGGCCCGAGCUGCUACCCACGGUGCUGCACAUUAUCAAUAAUCCCAGCAGCACGGAUGGCGCGCUGCACGGUGCGCUGAAGGUCUUGCUCGACCUGGUGGAUACUGGAUUCAGCGAGGAGCAGUUCUUCAACGUGGCCCGCGACUUGGUGUCAUCGUUGUUUGCCGUCGCGACCAAUGAGUCCAGAAAGCCCAUCUUGCGGGCACUGGCCGUGUCCGUGUUCCGCUCGUGCUUCGAUACGUUGGAGAUGGUGCUGGAGCAGCACAAGACAGUGGUCAAACAGUUCAUGGACGAAGCGUUGGGAGGAUGGUCGCCCUUCUUCCUGACCGUCAUGAAGGCCCCGCUGCCGCAGCCACCGUCGGAAGACGAGGAGUCGAAGGAGACGGAGAUCGCAUCUCAGUGGAGAGGAUCGAUUGCCCUGAAACUGCAGGUGGUGAAGACUCUCAUGAAGAUCCGCAUGAUCUUUCCCGGCCUCCUAGCUCCUCAAACUCCCGCCUACUUCUCGACGAUCUGGACCGAGCUCUCCAACAUUCAGGGCCCCUACCAUGACUUCUACAUCACGGAUGAGCGACAGGGUCGUCUGGAGGAUACAGAUGCCCUCCCCUACACACUGGACUUCCUCGUUAUAGAAGAGCUGGAUCUGAUGCAGGCGUUAUUGAAGGCUCCUCCAGUCAAGGCGGAGCUGCAGACGCAGCUACAGAAUGCUGGACAGGCGGCCACGACUUCGAGCUGGCUCCCUGAAGUGAUGAAGUUGGUUGUGGCUUAUGCUCAGAUCACCACGGAGGAGGAAGGCUUAUGGGACAUCGACGUCAACCUGUUUCUGUCCGAGGAGACCUCCGUUACGGCUAAUAUCACCCCUCGCACGUGCGGCGGUGAUCUAGUGAUCAAGCUGGGUGAAUGGUUAAAGACGAUGACCGUGGAGGGUCUUCUUGCCUACACCAGCGCGCUGUUCGCGGAUGCAUCUUCUACAUGGAAGGCUCGUGAGGCCGCGCUGUUUAUUGUCAAUCAAUUGCUGCGUGACUUUAGCGAGGUGGACCAGCAGAUUCCACUGGAGUUGGCUAAUAGAUUCACGGAUUUCAUCAACUUCGCUAUUCAGCAGGAGCAGGAGCUUCUGCGCGCUCGGGGAUACCUGGUGGCAGGAAUUCUCUCCAAGACUGCGCCUGACGGGUUCCAGCAGCAGGCGGCGGCUUCUUAUCUUGAGGCCUCCCUGAAGGCCAUCACAGAAGACCCCUCUGAGGUCGUCCAGGUCUCUUGCAUUCGUGUUCUCCAGGAUCUCCUGACUUCUCUUCCUCCCGCGACCACCCAGGCCCUGCAGGUGCCCGUCAUUACGGCCAUCUCUCAGUUUAUCUCUCAGCACGAUCUUCGAGAGUCAACCGAUAACGAUGACCUCAAGGUCACUUUGGCUGAAACGUUACGCGAUACCAUCAUGGUCGAUCCCAGCGUGGUGAUCAAUUCGACGGCUCUCGAUGUGCUCUUCAACGUUGCCAGCAAUGGCGCAAGCAACUUCCAUCUGGUGAUGAUUGUUACCGAGGCCUUUGAGGAUAUUGUUGAGAGGAUCGCCGAACAGGGCACCGAAUCAUACAUCCGCCUCUGUGAGAAGGUCCUUCCAUCCAUGACAGGAGCGAUCGAUGUCGGGAGUUUGACGCAAGAGAACGCCCUGACCAACCUGGCGGUGGACCUCCUGCGCGCCUUGACGGAGAAUGGCUUGUCUCCCCUUCCUGCUGGCCUGGUGGCUAGCAUCAUGCCCAAGUUGACCAGGCUGCUCCUUGAGUCGACAGACGGUGAACUCAUCCGGCCUGCUACGCUUACCGUCAGACACAUCCUUGCCCAUGAUUUCGACCAAUUCAUCGCCUGGAGGGACCCAUUGACCGGCAAGGGGGCACUCGAGGUCGUCCUUGUGAUCAUUGAUCGCCUGCUCGGACCGGCUGUCGAUGAUAACGCUGCCACAGAAGUUGGUCAGCUUGCGGCAGAGCUCGUCGAGCGCGCUGGUUCGGAGAAGCUGGGACCUUUCCUCCCGCAGCUUCUUCGUGCCGUUGCCCAGCGCUUGGCUACCGCAGAGCAGGCUCAAUUCAUUCAGAGUUUGAUUCUUGUUUUCGCUCGUCUGACCCUGAUAAGCCCGCGCGAGGUAGUUGAUUUCCUCGCUCAGCUCGACCUCAACGGCCAGAACGGCUUGGCAAUCGUUAUUAGCAAGUGGCUGGAAAACUCGGUGAACUUUGCGGGAUACGACGAGAUCAAGCAGAACAUUUUUGCCCUUUCCAAACUCUACAACCUGCAAGACCCUCGUUUGGCUCAGGUGCAAGUCAAAGGUGACCUGAUCAUCCAGGACACUGGCCGUAUCAAGACCCGCUCGCAGGCCCGCGCCAACCCAGACCACUACACCACCGUCCCUGCACCACUGAAGAUCAUUAAGGUCCUCGUGGAGGAGCUUGUCUCUGCCUCUGGAAACCGCGAGCUCGACGCAGCCACCGCAGCGACUUUGGAGGAAGAGGGAAGCGAUGAUGGUGAUGACUGGGAAGACGUCCCCGGUAAUGUUUUGGAUCUUGGUCUGGGCGUCACGAAGCAGGAGUUGAUGGCAUUUGGCGAAGGAGGCAUGGAAGGUGUCUUUGGAGUUCGGAAGCGCGACGACGAGACGCAGGCAUUCCUAUUGGAGUUCUUCCGUGAAGCGUCAACCAAGCCUGGAUUCCAGGAACUGUAUGCUGCCUUGACCCCCAACGAGCAGCAGAAGCUCGGAAGCUUGGGUUAAUGGCGCAGUCUCCCAUUGGCAAACCCUUAUCCACACACAAGGGGUCGUCUUUGCGAUGAUCCCAUGUCUCAAACUAAAAGAGGGAAAAAAUGAAAAAUGAAAAAACUGAAAAAGGAAGAAGACUCAUGAUAUCCAACACUUUAUUGAUUACGAUGGAAUGAUACAGAUGCAGAUACACCUACAGCCAUGAGAUGUAUUGGCCCUAGCGUGCAGAAUAGCAUCGCAGGGUUUGAAAACAAUUGAAGAAUAUGAUCCAAAUUA